AUGCGGCCGAGCUCGGUUGUACAGGAGCUCGGCGAAUGGAUUAUUCAGGUCGAUCGGACAGACAAGGGCUUAGAAGAAAGGAGUGCGAGCUUGCCUGAAUAUUUGCUCCCUGUACGAGGUCCAAGACUGAAAGAUUCGGUGGAGGUUGUGUCUCUCAAACCAUUCCACCUCAGCAUGGUAGAAGAGGAGUACAGGGAAGAGCUGGCCAUUGCACACGUGAGACGACUCCUAGACAUCGUCGCGUGUACCACCUCUUUUGGUUCGUCUAAAAUCUCCGGUCGAAUGAGUCCAAAAGAACCCGGUUCCAACGAGGUCGAAACCGGUGUAGAAAGCGCGAGUUGCGAAGCCAAUUCGAAGGCGAAAGGAGGCGGGGACAGAAGGUCGACGACGUUCUCGGCCGCCCAGAGACCAACUACUACUCAUCAUGGUUCCAAUGGCGAUACGACUGAGAAGGGUGAUGUGGCGGUGGCGUUAUGCCCGCCGCCGAAACUUGGGCAAUUCUACGACUUCUUCUCGUUUUCUCACCUCACUCCGCCAAUUCAAUACAUUAGGAAAUCCACUCGUCCAUUCCUUGAGGAUAAAACAGAAGACGAUUUCUUUCAAAUUGAUGUCCGGGUUUGCAGUGGGAAGCCAAUGACUAUUGUUGGUUCCAGAAAAGGGUUUUAUCCUGCUGGAAAACGUAUUCUUUUGGGUCACUCUUUGGUUGGUUUGCUACAGCAGAUAAGCAGGGUCUUUGAUGCUGCAUACAGAGCUCUCAUGAAGGCUUUCACCGAGCACAAUAAGUUUGGGAACCUUCCGUAUGGUUUUCGAGCAAACACAUGGGUUGUCCCUCCAGUUGUUGCUGACAACCCAUCUACUUUCCCUCCGCUUCCUGUGGAAGACAAAAACUGGGGAGGAAAUGGCGGUGGACAAGGAAGACAUGGUAAACAUGAUUGUAGACAGUGGGCAAAAGAGUUUGCGAUUCUAGCAGCAAUGCCUUGUAAAACCCAAGAAGAAAGGCAAAUUCGAGACAGGAAGGCCUUUCUACUUCACAGUCUAUUUGUCGACAUUUCAGUCUUUAAAGCUGUUGCAGCCAUCAGAGAUUGCAUUGACAAUAACCAUUACUCAACAAAAGACUUCACUGCUUCGGUUUUGCAUGAGGAAUAUAUUGGAGAUUUACACAUCAGGGUGAUGAAAGAUGUUCCCGAUGCGAGCACAAAGUUGGAUGGUAAAAACGAUGGGAGUCAAGUUCUUGGAAUGUCACAAGAGGAGCUUGCUAAGAGAAACUUGCUUAAAGGAAUAACUGCAGAUGAAAGUGCGACUGUUCAUGAUACCUCCACUUUAGGUGUAGUUGUUGUUAGACACUGUGGCUACACGGCUGUUGUGAAAGUUGCGGCUGAGGUAAACUGGGAGGGUAAACUUACACCACAAGACAUUGAUAUUGAGGAUCAGCCUGAAGGAGGUGCUAAUGCAUUGAAUGUAAAUAGCUUGAGAAUGCUAUUGCACAAGUCAUCCACACCCCAAUCAUCUAUUGUAAUUCAAAGAUUACAGAGUACAGAUAUUGAAGAUUUACUUUCUGCUAGGUCUUUGGUAAGGAGAGUGCUAGGUGAAAGUUUGCUUAAGUUGCAGGGAGAAAUCAGUAGACACACAAGCUCUAUCAGAUGGGAGCUUGGAGCAUGUUGGGUGCAACACUUGCAAAAUCAGGCUUCUGGGAAAACUGAAUCUAAGAAAAAUGAAGAAGCGAAGGUUGAGCCUGCUGUCAAGGGUCUUGGAAAGCAAGGCGGAAUGCUCAGGGAAAUUAAGAGGAAAACAGAUGACAGGAACAGCAAAACUGAGCAGGCAAAGGAAGUUUCAGUCAACAGCCUUGACAUGAACAAAAAGUCAGACACCACUCUUCAGGAGGAGGUUGAGAAACAAGAUGAGGAAAAGGAAAUGAUAUGGAGAAAGCUACUACCUGAAGCAGCAUAUUUGCGCCUUAAAGAAUCAGAAACUGGCCUUCACCUCAAGUUGCCUGAUGAGUUGAUUGAGAUGGCACAUAAAUACUAUGCUGAUACUGCACUUCCAAAACUGGUGGCAGAUUUUGGUUCGCUUGAACUUUCACCAGUUGAUGGAAGGACGUUGACAGAUUUUAUGCAUACCAGGGGUUUGCAAAUGUGUUCCUUGGGGCGUGUGGUUGAACUUGCAGACAAGCUUCCUCAUGUGCAGUCACUGUGUAUCCAUGAGAUGGUUGUUCGAGCCUACAAACACUUACUGCAAGCUGUUGUAGCAGCCGUCAAUAAUUUUGCUGACUUAUCUGGGUCACUAGCAUCAUGUUUAAAUAUAUUGCUGGGAAAACCAUCAAGUGAAAAUCCUGAUGCAGACAAUACUAAUGAUGAUCAUUUGAAAUGGAAGUGGGUGGAAACAUUCCUUCUGAAGAGGUUUGGGUGGCAGUGGAAAUCUGAGAGUCAACAGGAUCUGAGAAAGUUUGCAAUUCUUCGUGGGCUUUGCCAUAAGGUUGGACUUGAGCUUGUCCCCAGGGAUUAUGAUAUGGACUCUGCAACCCCCUUCAAGAAGUCAGAUAUUAUAAGCAUGGUCCCCGUAUACAAGCAUGUUGCAUGUUCAUCUGCGGAUGGCCGUACAUUGUUGGAAUCAUCCAAGACUUCCUUGGAUAAAGGCAAAUUGGAGGAUGCUGUCAAUUAUGGCACUAAGGUAUCGAAAAUUGCUUUCUUUUUUUUCUUUUAGGCUACUAUCUAUCAGCAAAAAGCUUUGGAUAUCAAUGAGAGAGAGUUUGGACUUGAUCAUCCAGAUACAAUGAAGAGUUAUGGAGACCUAGCUGUUUUUUACUAUCGGCUCCAACACACAGAACUAGCCUUGAAGUAUGUUAAUCGUGCAUUGUAUCUUUUGCAUCUAACAUGUGGACCUUCUCAUCCAAACACUGCUGCCACCUAUAUCAAUGUAGCAAUGAUGGAAGAAGGUUUGGGAAAUGCCCAUGUUGCCCUUAGAUACCUCCAUGAGGCUCUCAAGUGUAAUCAAAGGCUACUUGGAGCUGAUCAUAUACAAACUGCUGCCAGCUAUCAUGCUAUUGCAAUUGCUCUAUCGUUAAUGGAGGCCUACUCCUUGAGUGUUCAGCAUGAACAAACCACACUACAGAUUCUGCAGGAAAAACUUGGAUCAGAUGAUUUACGUACACAGGAUGCGGCUGCUUGGCUUGAAUACUUUGAGUCCAAGGCUCUAGAGCAGCAAGAGGCUGCACGCAAUGGUACGCCAAAACCAGAUGCUUCUAUUUCCAGCAAAGGCCAUUUAAGUGUAUCAGACCUAUUGGAUUUUAUAACCCCAGAUGCAGAUAUGAAAGCAAGAGAUGCCUCAAAGAAGCAAGCUCGUGCAAAGGUUAAAGGCAAACCAGGCCAAACCUGGGAAACAAUCACAGAUGAAUAUCAGAAGGGUGAAACAUUAUCACCUAGUCAUUUUGUUACAGAGAACACUAGUGAUAAAGAGAACAAAUCUGAAUCUCACUUUGCAGAAUCUAUGGAUAAGAAACCUGAUUUUAGUCUAGCAGAUUGGACAGUAUUGAAUCAAAACAAUGACAUGACACGAGAUGAAACAUCCGAUGAAGGAUGGCAAGAAGCUUUUCCAAAAGGUCGAUCAACUGCAGGUCGCAAGUCUUCUGGUUGGAGAAGGCCGAGCUUGGCAAAGCUGAAUACUAAUUUCAUGAAUGUUUCGCAGUCAACGAGAUACCGUGGAAAGCCCACUAAUUUCACUUCUCCAAAGGCACUGUCAAAUGAGUCUGCUACUUCAGCUGAGUCUGCUUCUCCUGUUCAGAAUAAGUUUGCUAAGAGUGCAAGCUUCAGUCCAAAAUUAAGUAAUUCAACAACCCCAGCUACCGGGACUGAAAAGUCCGCUAACACCAAGUCAUCCCCAGCAAGUCCAGCCUCAGCCUCGACUGAUCAAGCUGCCAAGUCUGCUCCAGUGUUAAGUUCAAUCAGUGUUCAGGCGGCUGGAAAACUUUUCUCGUACAAAGAAGUUGCGUUGGCUCCUCCUGGUACCAUUGUGAAGGCAGUGGCAGAACAGUUGCCAAAAGAAAAUUCUCACACAGAACAUAGUCCUCGAGGGAGUAAAGACAUGGUUGUGCCAGAAUCAACUCAGGUUGAGCAUGUGACAACAGUCGAGGGUUUGGUGGAAGAAAAAGUUCAAAAACCCAUUGAAGAGAAACAACUUGUGUCUUCUGAUGAGAAAAUGAAAAGUCCUGUCAGUGAAGAACAAGAAACAGAAUUCAAGGAUACUGCAGCAACAGAAUCCGCUGAGGAUUUAAACAGUGCAGCUGCUGAAGUCAGAGAACUAAAAGCUGAGACGGUUGUUGCGGAGGUAAAGGCUGUGAUUGUUGAAGGCAAGGAAAAAGAUUCCAAAGUGGAUUCCAUUUUGGGAGUUCAGGAUUCUGCAUCCGAUGAUUCAAACACUGUUACCGUUAUUUCCAGAAGUGAAGAGUUGGAAACAACAAUUGACAGAUGCACAACAGCUGCCUCCGAUUUGGAACCUCUUGAAGUUUUAACCGAAAACACAACCCUCUUGCAAGAAAAAGAUGUCUCCAUUCCCAAAGAAAGCAUAACUCAAAAGGAUGAAAAUUCGUACGAUCUAUCUGAUGAUAAUGGUGGCGUUGGUCCUUUGCCAACUGUGGCAGAAAAGCAAGAAAACACAAGCUCCAGUCCGUUGCCAACUGAAGCAGAAAACCAAGGUGACGCAGAAACAGGAAGAGAGACUAGCAAAAAACUAUCUGCAGCUGCACCUCCUUAUAAUCCGUCCACAAUUCCAGUGUUCGGUUCAGUUGCAAUGGCAAGUUUCAAAGAUCAUGGAGGAAUUUUGCCCCCACCAGUAAAUAUUCCUCCGAUGGUUACAGUUAAUCCCGUUCGUAGAUCACCCCAUCAUUCAGCUACAGCAAGGGUUCCAUAUGGUCCACGGCUGUCGAAUGGAUAUAACAGAUCUGGAAAUAGGGUUGCACGUAACAACAAACCUACCUUCCACAAUGGAGAGCACAAUGGGGAUGGGACCCACUUCAGCCCACCAAAGAUAAUGAACCCACAUGCUGCUGAAUUUGUACCGAACGGCCAGAUCUGGGUUCCUAAUGGCUAUCCAGCAUCUCCAAAUGGUUACUUGGCUUCCCCAAAUGCUAUUCCGAUGUCCCCAAAUGGUUUUCCUUUAACCCCAACUGGUUUCCAACCUUCCUUGAACGGUAUUCCACUGACGGAUGGGUUUGCAGUGUCUGCAGUCAGUCCAGUAGAAUCUCCAAUGGUAGUAACUGACGAAGUUAGUGCUGAAAAUGAAAACCAAGUUGUGACACAGGAGAAUACAGAAAACUCCUCUACUAACAUAAAAAAUUCAAAUCAGUCAAUUGAGCAGAAAGCACCAGUUAUUCAACCUGAAGAUGAUGGAAAAUCUAAUCCUGAAAUUGAAGAAAAGCCUGCGAACAGAGUUGUGAUGGUGCCUGGAGAUGUGGUUGUGGCAAAUAAAAGUUGCGACAACACAGCAGCCAAGGAAAACCCAAGUAAGUGUUGGGGAGAUUACAGUGAUAGUGAAGCUGAGGUUGAAGUUACUAGCUGAAUCAAGAGUUUAGACUCUCCUUAAGUAGAAGUGACAUGUUCAUAGCCCCAACAGCAUUUGACUGCAAGAGAGGCAAAAACAACACAUUGAAUUGCGAGAAGCAGUUAGCAAGUGGAAAGAAUUCUUCUUGCAAAAGCCUGUAAGAACAACUAUGAUGAAUCCUGGUGAUGCUGUUAGUGACUCUCCGAUAUGAUUUGAUUUGAUUUUGUUUGCAGGAAGGGAUGUGAAAUGUUAACUACCGGCCUUCAUUGAUAAUAGGCUGGUGUCUGGAAGAUAUCUAUCUACAUAGCAAGCAUGUCCUCUCUGCUUGAGUUUUGUUGGUUGUUAAGUGAAACGAAAAGAACCUCCAGGUGUUAUGUACUUUUCCUUUUAUAUUUUUUGGAUUAUGGUUGUGCAUGGAACUUAAAAGUUCUUUUACUAGAAAAUUUCAAUUUUCUUGCUUGUAACCAAAUAUGUAUGGUAGAAGGAUCCUUGAUGAUGUAAUAAUACUCAUGGUUUUUUUUUUGUU